CAUCUCUUUUCGUAAAAUCCACUCUCUCUGCCUUUCUCUGUCUUUCUCCACAAAACAAUGCUUCUCCAUCGAUCGACCCUCCGAGAAAUGAAAAAAUCACACCAUCUCUUUCGAUCAUCGAAUUAGGGUUUUCUUCCAGAAAUAUCCUCACAUUUCUGCCCUAAAAACUCUCAAAAUCCUUCCCUUUUUAUCCCUCCAGCUUUCGUGCCCUCUUCUCCUCAUCUCUCUCCGGUAAGGGGGAAAAAUCGGAUGACUCUGUCCCCAUUCCCUCCUUGAAUCGAUCUUCAAAAUCUCUGGUCUGAAGGAGAAGGUUUCAGGAACGUCUGCCACACAUUGUUCUCUUCACAAGAUGGCAUCUUCUCAACAUGUUGAAAUGGAGGCUGCCAAAUUCUUGCACAAACUUAUUCAGGAGUCGAAGGAUGAGCCUACCAAACUGGCAACAAAACUCUAUAUGAUAUUGCAACAUAUGAAAGCAAGUGGGAAAGAGCAGUCUUUGCCUUAUCAAGUAAUAUCCAGGGCCAUGGAAACUGUUGUCAGUCAGAAUGGUCUUGAUAUUAAUACUUUGAAGCCAUCCCGUCUCCCUUUAGCUGGUGGAUCUCAGCUUGGGGAUCUCGGCCAUGUAAGGUCUGACAAUGAUGCACCCGACAAUUCAUUGCCUCUAGGGGGCAUUGACAUGCCACUUAAAGGUGGUCCUGUUAGUGGAUGGAAUGCUGCAUCAAGUGGCAAGACAAAGGAAGAUGAGCACGGCGGUUCGAGCCAGGGAGUCGGGUUGUUGAAAGAUUCUAAAGCAACUUCAAUCGAGAAUGACAAAGCCAACCAUGAGGCGAUUAUUUCGAACAGGCCACCCGCUGGGCCAUUUAUCAUGGAAAGCACGGGACGUGGUGUUCAUCCAGGACCCUUAUCUCAAAGAAAUGCUAAAUCAUCCGAGCAUGAAAGUCCAACCAGUCUGGGAAUGGAUGGUUCACGGUCCACAAACUCACAGGAAAGGCAUGAUACAACUGAACUUGGCAAGCAGGUACUGCAAAAGGACAAUAAAAAAGCUGGUGCUAAGAGAAAGAAGGCAGAGCCUUCUGUGGCGAUGCAUCCUGACAAUCUCCAGCAAGUGAAUACUCCCGUUACUAGAUUCAACGCAAAGAAGGGGAAGCUGAUGCAAGAGAGUAAUCCUAGUUCCCUUGAAAGGUCAGUGGAUAAAGCAUAUUUAUCAAGGGAUCCAAACAAGGAAGCAGAUAUUUCUUCUGCUCAUGGUGCUUUUGGGCUACAGAAAGGAGGUUCAUUACCAUCCAAACACAGUGUAUGGAAUCAAACGAAAGUGGGGUCUUCAUCCUCUGCUGACACAGAAUCUAUGGCAUCUCUAUCUACUGGAAACGUCUUAGAGCAUGCAGGUGUUUCUCAUACAGGAGUCAAUACACACAAGAUAUUUCAGGGGAGUGGAACUCUGGGACCACUAAGCAAUGCAAAUGUUUCUGGGAAAAGUGAGAUAAUUGGCAGUGGGGAUCAAGAUUCUGUUGCUAAAACUAAGUCAGAGGCCCUCCAAAAAGAUACAUCUGUUGACUCAAGCGGUAAUGUAGAAAUGAAUCCACGAAGAAGUGUAACUCCUAACAGUACAGGAAGUUCUAUUUCUCAGGUUUCUGCCUCUCCGCGCUUUCCCUUUAAGGAACAUCAUUUGAGACAGCUCAGGGCUCAGUGCCUUGUCUUUCUAGCUUUCAGAAACCAAAUGUCACCUAGGAAGCUGCAUCUUGACAUUGCACUCGGAGAAAGCUACCCUAAAGAAGAUGGAAAUCGUGAAGGACCGAAUGAUCAUAGAGAGAUAUCUUUAAAAGAGCCUGGUAACAGUCACGAGAUCGCUGGUUUGUCAGGAAGGCCAAAUGAUGUUAUGGAAGCUGAGAAGGAGAUGUCAGUCACUGGAACCCCUACAGGUUCUUCAUCUGGAGGAAGUCUAAUGGUGACAGAUGCCUCCUCAAAAAGCAAAGAGACAACAAAGAAAAAAGGAAAAAAAGCUCCAGCAUCUGAAGGAAAACGACUUACAGCUGCAAAAAGAAAAGCUGAGGCGGAGAAGCAGACCCAGGAAGCUAAUGUUUCACAGGCAGUGGCAUCUAUGCCAGUGGAGCCUGACUCUUCCAUAAGUGGUGCAAGAACUUCAUCUGAGAGUCAUUACGAAAAGGAUGAUUAUCAGCAUGGCCAUCAGCAAGUAGGCUGGGGGAACCAAGCCAGUUCCUCUGUUCCGGGAAUAGGCAAUCAGCUGGAGCCUGAGAUAACUAGUUUGGCAGGAAUUGGUGCUCCCAGUAAUGCUGUAAAGGAAACAUUCACACCUGCUAUCUCUAUGCAUGAACAUGUAUCCCCAAAAGUAGAUAAUCCUUUUAACAAGGCGCAAGGUCUUAAAGAGAAUGACAGAGUAAAAGAGCAGAUUACACCCAUUAUGAGGAAAGAUGUUGAACUUGGUUACUUCAAGCAUAUGAUGAAACCUCCGAGGGAUGUCAACACAUUUUCCACACAUGUUGGUCAGGCAGAGAAUCCUUCAGCUGCUUCUGGAUCGACAAUCUCUAAUGAUGCUGAUACUCCUGGGUCAGAUGGUCAGAGGGUUUCUAAUAUUCAAAAGCAAUUUACUUUUGAUGGGUUCAGGAACGUCACUUUCAAUGACACUGUAAAAUAUGGGAACUUAGUUACCGUAGCAGACAAAUCUGCAGAGCAAGAAGAGGUAGACAGGUCAGUUUCCAAAGAUGUGCCAGUCUCUCCUCCAAAAUAUGCCACCUCAGAGAAGUGGAUUAUGGACCAUGCCAUAAGAAAAUUUCGUGAAGAUGAAAUGUGGGCAUUGAAGCAGAGGAAGACAGAGGAAAGAAUCAUGGCACGUUUUGACAAGUUGAAGGAAAAUGUGAGUUCAUGUGAAGAUAUUUCUGUAAGAACAAGGAGUGUUAUUGAGCUGAAAAAGCUUCAGCUACUCCAUCUGCAACGUCGUUUGCGGAGUGAUUUUCUGCAUGAUUUCUUCAAACCUAUCGCAUCAGACAUGGAGCGUUUGAAAUCCAUCAAGAAACAUAGAUAUGGAAGGCGUAUGAAACAGCUUGAAAAAUUUGAACAGAAAAUGAAGGAAGAGCGCCAAAAGAGAAUUCGUGAGAGGCAGAAAGAGUUCUUCAGUGAAAUAGAAGCUCACAAGGAGAAACUGGAAGACUGCUUCAAGAUCAAGAGAGAACGCUGGAGGGGUUUAAAUAAGUAUGUAAAGGAGUUCCAUAAAAGAAAAGAGAAGGUACACAGGGAGAAAGUUGACAGAAUUCAGCGUGAGAAGAUCAACCUGUUAAAGAACAAUGACGUGGAGGGGUACCUACGCAUGGUUCAGGAUGCAAAAUCAGAUCGUGUUAAGCAGCUCCUCAAGGAGACUGAAAAAUAUCUUCAGCAGCUGGGCACCAAAGUGCUGGAAUCAAAGGCCAUGACAAGGCAUUUUGAGAUGGAAAUGGAUGAAAACCGAGCAGUAAAUGUUGUCGAGAAAAAUGAAAUUAUCAUCAAUAAUGAAGAUGAAAGCGAUCAGGCACAGCAUUACCUGUCAAACAAUGAGAAGUACUAUCAAAUGGCUCAUAGUGUGAAAGAAAGCAUAGAUGAGCAGCCAUCUUAUCUUCAGGGUGGAAAAUUGAGAGAGUACCAAAUGAAUGGUCUGCGAUGGUUGGUUUCAUUAUACAACAAUCACUUGAAUGGCAUUCUUGCUGAUGAAAUGGGUCUCGGUAAAACUGUCCAGGUUAUUUCUCUAAUCUGUUACCUGAUGGAAUCAAAAAAUGACAGAGGACCAUUUCUGGUAGUCGUGCCAUCCUCUGUUCUAGCAGGAUGGGAGUCUGAAAUUUCCCUCUGGGCCCCUGGCAUAAACAAAAUCACAUAUGCUGGCCCUCCUGAAGAGAGGCGCAAGUUAUUCAGGGAAAGGAUCGGUCAUCAGAAAUUCAAUAUCCUUUUAACAACAUAUGAAUAUUUAAUGAACAAACAUGAUAGACUAAGACUCAGCAAAAUCCAUUGGCACUAUAUAAUAAUUGAUGAAGGCCAUCGCAUAAAGAAUGCAUCUUGCAAGUUGAAUGCGGACCUGAAGCAUUAUCAGAGUUCUCAUCGCUUGCUGUUGACUGGAACACCUCUACAGAACAAUCUUGAGGAGCUAUGGGUGUUACUGAACUUCUUAUUACCAAACAUAUUCAAUUCAUCAGAGGAUUUCUCUCAAUGGUUCAACAAACCUCUUGAGAGUGGCGACGAUAGUUCACCUGAUGCAGCUUUGCUAUCUGAGGAGGAGAAUCUUUUGGUUAUAAACCGUCUUCACCAAGUCCUUCGACCCUUUGUUCUUCGGAGGCUGAAACACAAGGUUGCAAAUGAAUUGCCUGGGAAGAUCGAGAGACUGGUAAGAUGUGAGGCUUCUGCUUAUCAAAAGCUUUUGAUGAAGAGGGUGGAAGAUAAUCUUGGCUCCUUGGGAGCUUUAAAGGGCCGCCCGGUUCACAAUACUGUGAUGGAAUUACGUAAUAUAUGCAAUCAUCCAUAUCUAAGCCAACUGCAUGCAGAGGAGGUUGAUAAUUUAAUACCUAAACAUUAUCUGCCACCAAUUGUGAGACUUUGUGGGAAGCUAGAGAUGUUAGAUCGUUUACUACCCAAGCUGAAGGCGACUGAUCAUCGGGUGCUUCUCUUCUCCACAAUGACUAGACUGCUCGAUAUUAUGGAGGAAUAUCUUACCUGGAAACGUUACAAGUACCUUCGUUUGGAUGGACAUACUUCAGGAAAUGAACGUGGUGCCCUUAUUGAAGAAUUCAAUCGGCCAGAUUCUCCUACUUUUAUUUUUCUGCUCAGUAUUCGGGCUGGCGGUGUUGGAGUGAAUCUACAAGCUGCUGAUACAGUCAUCAUAUUUGACACUGACUGGAAUCCACAGGUGGAUCUGCAAGCGCAAGCGAGGGCUCACAGGAUUGGUCAAAAGAAGGAUGUGCUUGUUCUUCGAUUAGAGACGGUGAGCUCUGUGGAGGAACAAGUUAGGGCUUCAGCUGAGCAAAAACUGGGACUUGCUAAUCAGAGCAUUACUGCUGGCUUUUUUGACAACAAUACUAGUGCAGAAGAUCGAAGGGAAUAUUUGGAGUCCCUCUUUAGGGAGUGUAAGAAAGAAGAAGCUACCCAUGUUUUAGAUGAUUAUGCUCUCAACGAACUCAUAGCUCGCAGUGGUUCAGAGAUUGACAUUUUUGAAUCAAUUGACAAACAAAGGCAUCAAGAAGAGAUGGAAGAAUGGCAAAAGCUACUUGCACGACGCAACGAUUGCUCAGAGCCACUACCGCCUGUGCCUCCUCGUCUUGUGACAGACGGCGACUUGGAGGCAUUCUAUCAAGCUAUGCAGAUACAUGAAGCAGCCCAUGCCAUGGUAAAACAGAAAAGCGACUCGCUUGGGGGCCUUGAUACCCAACAUUAUGGACGGGGUAAACGAACUAGAGAGGUACGCUCAUAUGAAGAUCAAUGGACGGAGGAAGAAUUUGAAAAGCUUUGUCAAGUUGAUUCUCCCGAAUCCCCCAAAGCUAAGGAUGAUACUAAGGAUUCAUGUAUGGCCAAAGAUGCUGACGGGUCAAAGGUGGGAGAUAUAAAAAUAAAAGUGGAACAGCUGCCAUCCACAGAUUCUUCACCAUCCAAAGAGUUGCUACCACUUGCAUGUGUAGAGCCGCUGCCUCUAUCCAUAGAGCCACCACCAUCAUUGAUAGAGUCAUCAUCGCAAUUGAAAGAGCUGACACAAUCAAUCAUGGAGCCACAACAGCCAUCCAAAGAGCCAGAACUGCCAUCCAAGGAGCCACCACAGCCAGCAAAGGAGGCACUGCCCCCAUCAAAAGAGCCACCACAGCCAACAAAGGAGGCACUGUCCCCAUCAAAAGAGCCACCACAGCCAACAAAGGAGGCACUGCCCCCAUCAAAAGAGCCACCACAGCCAUCUAUGGAGGCACCGCCCCCAUCCAAAAGGUCCUUACCACGUUCAUCCAAAGGGCCAUCACCGCCAUCCAAAGAUGUGCAGCUUGUUUGCAAUGAGCCAACUCCACCAACAAGACGGGGGCGGGGCAGGCCAAAAAGAGCAGCAACAGAUGUCUCUCCAUCCCCUAUGAACCCAUCCCCUAUGAUUGUUCCGGUGCCAUCUGAAAGUGUUGGCACAUCAGCAAUGGGACCUCAAAUACAAGAAUUUCCUGUUUAUAUUAUGGUCCCUAUCUCGGAUGCUUCCCUUUACAUGCAAGGGCUGAGUGGAAACCCACAACAUCAGUUAGCGGUAGGAACUGCCCCCGGUUCACUAGCAACUCUGGUUCCUGCCAUGCCCUCACAAGUCAUUGGACAAAGCCAAAAGACUCAAACUGCACAAGGAAAACCUCGGCGGCGGGCAACAAAACAGAAACCCCAUGCAGCUGCUGUUGGUCCUGAAGCUAAUUCCAUUCCAAGUCUUCCAGUUUUGGGUUUUGCCCAAGAUAGGGGAAGGUUGCUUGGGUCAUCAGGAAUACAGGUGCAUGCGUUUACUCAGAAUGAAGCCAAUCCGAUUUCGGGUCUCCAAAAAGCUGUUGAUUUGGUUCCAGUCCAAGCUCCGAGUCCGUCUGUUGCUCAAGGGAAAGACCCGAGUAUGUCACCUUUGCUGGAAAAAAGGGAUCGUGAAACAGGAGGUCCAGUUUCUGUUACUACAGCUGCUGCUUCUGAGAGCACAGCUAAACCAAGCAUCAACCCUACAAACAUGACAGACCCGAAGAAUCAGAAUACUGCAAAGAUUGGUUCAAUGCAAGCUGGGAAUGAGCACCAGAUCAGCCAAUCUCCCAAUGUUACUGCUCCAUUGGCCCAAGGGUUGAUGGACAGGACCCUUCGAGUGGGCCCUGCCGACAUGACACCCGACCAGAAGCAGAAAUCUGCUGAAAAGCCUGAGUACUCUUCUGUCCAAAGCAGCCAGAAAGCAGUUGCCUUUGAUACCUCGAUGUCAGGUACGGCUACACAAAUGGAACUUCACAGGGUCAAACCUGUUGAAGUUGCCACUCCCCAAGACAAUCCACGUCUCAGCCAUGCACCAGAUAAGAGCUCCCUCGACGUGAAGAAAGUAGUAUCGGUUGUAGCUCCGGUGCCUCCAAUGAAGUCCCCUGCGGGAAAAGGCAAGAGCAAUGUACCUGCCGGUGCAAGACGGGUGUCCAAAAGGAAAGCUUCAGUUGCAAAUAAUUCAGGACCUGCUUUCGAAACAGGUCAGGGCCAACAGCCACAAACUACCAGGCCAGCAGCAGGCAUGGAUCAUGUUUUCAUGGUGUCGAAGGAGCAGCAAGGGAACAAUGGUAAUCAACCACGAACUGCUGCAGCUGACUUGGGAGAAAAAAAGCCUGAAAUUCAGCACCCUGAUGUAAUAUCUGGCCAGAAGCCAGACGCAACUGUGCAGUCUGUACAGUCGAUCCAAAGCAACAAAAAACCAGAUGUGUUUGCAAUGGGAGAGAAUGCCAUGAGUUUGGUGAGCAAGAACUAUCCAUCUGUUGAAAAUGCUACACUCGGCAGCAAAGUUUGUCUCCCUGAAACACCACAGUCGCAACCCCUUCCAGCGAAGGGUGAUGGAUCUGCACCUGCUACUGGCUUAUCUCAAUCGUCAAUUGGUGCAUCGGCCGCUGCAGCACAAACACAAGUGGUUGGUGGUAUAGCUGAUGCUGUUGCUUUGACAAAGGUGCCGGUUCUGGAAUCAAAAACAUCAGGAACUAGAAAUGCAACUGAUGAAUGUUUUGAUAUCCAUGUCGCACCCAAAAUGAGUAAAACCAUCAUUGAAGGAACCACUGUGCAUCAUUUUCCAAACCAACAUGUAAAAUCUGAAACCCUGUCAUCUUCACGCAUGGUGUCUCCUGUCUCCAAGUUGAAAAGUGGAAAGCGGGAAGGCCAAUCUGCAAGGAAAAAUGCAUCUGGACCACCAAGCAAAGUUUCUAAAUCUAACGUCCAUGAAGAUAGUACUUCUGUUAAGGCGGUUGGUACGGAGCCUAAAGAAGCUUCAUUUGCGAGAAGUUGUGGGCUUGUAAACCCCACUAAAGUGGUCCCUGGUGCUACCACUAGCAAUCCAACGGAUCCAAGACGACUUAGCCAAGAGAAGCCACAUGCAGAGGAAGAUGCUUCCUACAAGAAAGCCAUCUCUUCCGAUGGGCCUUCAGUUUCUGCUGUUGAGAUACCAGCGACAAUGGAAAUCAACACUCGAACCAACAAGCAUUGUGUUUCAGAAGAACAUACUAUGAAAUCUGCUCCAAUUGGUGGUAAUGAUGGGCCAACUUGUCCAAAAGAUGCCUUGAACAAGAAUGGAAACCCAGUGGAGCCUGCAAUGGUGGACCUCGCCUCGGUUGGCAGUCAUCGCUCUACUAAUCCAACCACAGAAGAGAUUCCAACAUCUGACCAACCUGCUGAAGUCCGGAAUGCCGAAUCAAGUGAAAAUCAAACCACUUUGGAGAGAAAAUCUGAUGACCAAUUGCUUAAAAACAGUAGGCAAGAUAAGCCUGCCCAUCAACGGGAUGCGGAAGUGUCAGUUGCCCCCCCGAGUGAAAAUGGUGCUGAGCUAAACCAAGAUGUCUUGGUUCCAAAAACGAAGCAACAUGCAUUGGACAGGCUGGAUAGUUCUUUUGUUAAUGAAGUUGCAGGUGCAGGCCCUUCCAACACCCAUGUAGCAUCUGAGAAUGCCGAGAAUGCUGACAAAGCUGCCAGACAAAGGCCAAAUGAAGAUGACAGUCAAGAUGCAGGUGCACCGAACCCUCAAUGACUGGUAAGAAGGAUCCAACGGGCAUUCCUUUGGUUGGUGCUGAAGAACCUACAGGAAUGCAGAUCCAUCUUCAUCUCCAUCAUUGAAAGAGAGAAAUGGGAAGGCUAGAAGAAACAUCAAGUAACAAGCUGGAAUUUGGUACUGGGAUUGAAAACCCCCCAUAUUUCCCCAAACGGAUCUGAUGAGAGUUGCCCACAACCGUUUGUGCACGAAGGGGUACAAAAGUCAGAAGGACUCAAAUGUAUAAACAAGCGAGAUGUUGCCAUUGUUGCAAUGGACCACCAUGGAAUGUCAAUGCUGAUGAUCUAUUUAUCUUUUUGUAAAGGCAAGAAUCAUAAAAUUCGUUGGUCGAACCUGCCACUCACUGUUCUUUUCUUUCUUUCUUUCUUUUUUUUUUUUUUCUUUUCUUUUUUUUUUUUUUUUUUUGUUGUUGUUAUGGAUGAUCUCUGUCUCACAGAUGUGGGCAUGGAAGAAUGCAUUGAUUGUGAAGUUUCUUCAA